GCUGGUGACAGAACUAGGAAACCGAGAUAUUGUUCAAAUAGUGUGUGGGGACCAGCAUGCCAUGGCACUGUCCAGAGGAGGUGAGCUCUUUACCUGGGGCCAGAAUGCCCACGGACAGCUUGGAGUGGGGAGCCAAACCACGCUCAUCUCCCAGCCACAGCUGGUGGAAACACUAAAGGGCAUCUCACUCGCUCAGAUUGCUGCUGGAGGAGCUCACAGCGCCGCCGUGUCACUCUCUGGAGCUGUGUACUCCUGGGGAAAGAAUGAUUUUGGACAGCUGGGACUCGGAGACACAGAAGACAGGGACUGCCCAUCAUACAUUGGAGCACUAGUGCACUGGAAGGCUGUAUUUAUCUCCUGUGGGGCAGAUCACACUGCAGUUCUCUCCAAGGAGGGGCUGGUGUGCACCUUUGGAGCAGGAGGGGCUGGCCAGCUUGGUCACAACUCCACCCGGAAUGAACUCACACCUCGUGUGGUGGCUGAGCUGUGGGGAGCAAGAGUUUCACAGGUUGCCUGUGGCAGCCAGCACACCCUGGUCUAUGUCCCCUCCUUGGACAAAGUCUAUUCAUUUGGUUCCAAUGAAGAAGGACAGCUGGGAGAUGAGAGAAAGCCUAAUGAGUUGGUACCACUUCCCAUCAAUUCACUAGUGAAUACUGGAACAUCCUGUCAGGAAAACAACAUGUCAUGGAAGGUGAUUGAAAUCACUGCAGGAGGAAACCAAGGUGUUGUCCUUUGCAAGAAGAACAAGAAUUCCUAUUUGAAUGGAAUUGCCACUCUGAAGGAUAAAGAUGUGGACACAUGGAUUUCUUCCCGUUCGCAACACUGGGAGAGUAUAAAAAAGAAUAUCAGACUGAUCUUUUCAUCUGAAGCUUGUAUCAAUGGAAGCUUCCUGGAGAAAAGCGACAAACAUUUCAAAACUUCCAAAGUCUCAGGCGUAGACCUGUCAGAAGUGCAAAGUUUUUAUGAGAAGAUCAGCAAGAAGCCAAAAGUCUUCCAGGAGGUGCAAAAGGGGAUUAAGAAGUUACUGCCAACACUGUCUUCCUCUCCCAUCUCGCUUGAAAAUUUCAGAGUCUACUUGAUCUUGCCUUUCCUUCUGCAGAGAGAGGAUGACAGCUCUUACCAUUCUCUUGGGCUGCUAGCACAAGCCAUUAUGAAGCUCCAGCCAAAGGACCUGCAAACUCUUGAAUGCCUGUGGUCAAAUCUAGAAACAUCCUUUCUCAAGAAGCUGGUCAUUCUAUACCAGAGGGUUUCCCAGAAAAACUUGUCUCAAUUUGUCAUGGAAGUCAGAAGUGGGCAAAGAAGCUCUGUCAACCUGCACCCACAUGAAACAGUGACUCUGGAAAUACUGCAGAUUCUUUACCAGGUGAACUCCAGAACUGGUUUCAGAGUACAAGAAAGCAACUUCUAUAUGUCUGAACUGAAAGUGAUCACAAAAUUGUGUCCGUUUUCUGAUGCAGAAGAAAUGCCCAUAUGGAAGCUGAGCAAAUAUCCAUGCAUCUUUGACAUGCACUGCAAGAUCGUCAUUCUUCGUAUGGAAUACUACAUUCUGGCCAGCCCUUUUACUGACCUAGUUUUAAUGGCGCUGUGGCAAGAAUGCUGGGAAUUUCCAGUCAGAAGACAGUACCUUCUGCAAGACAUAUGGACCCAUCUAAAUGAUGCACCAACCCAGCAAUUCAGGAAGUCCUUAGUGAUAUAA